GGGGAGGAAGUCACUAAAGAGCUGUAGUCCAAAUUGUUGCUGUUGCAGGCUUUGCUUCCAGUUCCUCACGAAUUCCAGGGAUUUUUUUUCUUGUGCGUACCUCCUCCUUCCCAUGAACGUAAUCUCGCCGCUUGUGGCGCCGUCUCUGCCAGGCUGCUUCACUGCUCCUCCACUUCCAAAAGUAUCCAUCAGCUGCUGGGAAAACGGAAUUUGAUCACUGUGGUGACUAUUUCUGUAUUUUCUUGGUUCCCUUUGACUCGAAGAGGACAGAUCGGACAUAUUUUAUCCGCCUUACGUCGGACUAACCCAGAUCCAGACUCGUCCUCGUUCUGAGAAACUUACAGAAUAAUAUUCCUAACACACACCGCCUGGAUCCAGAGAGGGGGAGCGGGUUUAACGGACUUUGGAUUUACGCACAGGAACCUUUCACCCACAUAUUGCCAGCUGACACUGCUGCGUGCCUUUAAUUUAUUUCUCCAAGUUCAGCUGUGGAUGGAACCGCUGCGUGUGAUUUACAUGACUACGCUGUCGCCCUGAAAACUGCCGCAAAGCUGCGACUCGCACUCCGUCACCAUGCAACGCUUGCUGGAGAAAAUCUGCAGCAAACCCGAGAGAAGUGGCAAGGCAGCAGAAUGACUUGCGCUCUGGAUUUCUUUGACUCUAUCUUCCGUUCCCACUCAGCCUAAGAUCUUAAUGCUGUUCCAUUUUGGUUUACAAAUAUGAUGAAAUGGCAGCCCCGGAAGAAGGCAUACUUCCGACAGGGUGUUGCCCUUCAGUACCUUGGUCGCCAUGCCGACGCGCUGGCCGCCUUUGCCUCCGGGCUGGCCCAAGACCCCAAGAGCCUUCAGCUACUUGUGGGCAUGGUCGAAGCUGCAAUGAAGUCGCCGCUACGAGGUUCUCUGGAGCCCACCUAUCAGCAGCUGCAGAAGAUGAAACUGGACAAAAGUCCGUUUGUGGUGGUGUCUGUGAUUGGCCAGGAGCUGCUGACAGCAGGCCACCACACAGCCUCUGUUGUGGUGCUGGAAGCAGCUUUGAAGAUUGGAACGUGCAGCCUGAAGCUACGUGGCUCAGUCUUCUCGGCCCUCAGCAGUGCCCACUGGUCUCUGGGCAACACGGAGAAGAGCACAGGAUACAUGCAGCAGGACCUGGAGGUGGCCAAGACUUUAGGUGACCAAACAGGGGAAUGCCGUGCUCAUGGGAAUCUGGGCUCUGCAUUCUUCUCCAAGGGAAACUACCGUGAAGCAUUGACCAACCACCGCAACCAGCUGGUUCUGGCCAUGAAGUUAAAGGACAGAGAAGCUGCUUCGAUGGCACUGAGUAGCUUGGGUCAUGUGUACACAGCCAUAGGGGACUAUCCCAACGCCCUCGCCAGUCAUAAACAGUGUGUCCUCCUGGCCAAGCAGUCCAAGGAUCAGCUGUCUGAAGCCCGUGAGCUGGGAAACAUGGGAGCAGUCUACAUUGCCAUGGGAGACUUUGAAAAUGCUGUUCAAUGUCAUGAACAACAUUUGGGCAUUGCCAAGGCCCUGGAAAACAAACGAGAGGAAGCCCGAGCCUAUAGCAACCUCGGUAGUGCCUACCACUACCAUCGUAACUUUGACAAGGCUAUGUCCUACCACACUCAUGUUUUGGAGCUUGCCCAGGAACUGGAGGAAAAGCCCAUUGAAAUGAGAGCCUACGCAGGGCUUGGUCAUGCCGCCCGCUGCAUGCAGGACUUGGAGAGAGCCAAGCAGUACCACGAACAACAGCUGUCUAUCGCUGAAGGACUGAAGGACAGGGCUGCAGAGGGAAGGGCCUCUUCCAACUUAGGCAUUAUCCACCAGAUGAAGGGUGACUAUGAGACUGCACUGAAACUCCACAAAACACACCUGGCCAUUGCUCAGGAGCUAAACGACUAUGCUGCUCAGGGCCGAGCUUAUGGAAACAUGGGUAAUGCAUACAAUGCCCUUGGAGCCUUUGACCAAGCUGUUCGCUACCAUCGGCAGGAGCUGCAGAUUUCCAUGGAGGUCAAUGACCGAGCCUCUCAGGCCUCCACCCAUGGUAACCUGGCUGUAGCUUACCAAGCCCUCGGUGCCCAUGACCGAGCUCUACAGCAUUACCAGAACCACCUCAACAUAGCUCGGGAGCUCAGAGAUGUACAGAGUGAAGCUCGAGCUCUGGGCAACCUGGGCAACUUCCAUUGCUCUCGAGGAGAGUUCCCUCAAGCUGUGCCCUACUAUGAGCAGUACCUCAGACUGUCCCCUGAACUUCAAGACAUGGAGAGUGAAGGAAAAGUUUGUCACAAUCUAGGUUAUGCCCACUACUGCCUGGGCAACUACCAGGAUGCUGUCAAGUAUUAUGAGCAGGACUUGGCUCUGGCCAAGGAUCUCCAUGACAAACUGAGUCAGGCCAAGGCAUACUGUAACCUCGGUUUGGCUUUCAAGGCCCUAGGAGACUUUGCGAAGGCAGAGGAGUGUCAAAAGUAUUUGCUGUCACUGGCCCAGUCCCUGAACAAUGCACAGGCUAGAUUCAGAGCCUUAGGGAACUUAGGAGACAUAUUUGUUUGUAAAAAGGAUGUGGCUGGAGCCAUUCAGUUUUAUGAGCAGCAACUGGCUUUAGCUCACCAGGUUAAGGAGCGUAGGAUGGAGGCCUGUGCCUACGCUGCUCUCGGUGCCACCUACAGACUUGUGCAGAAGUAUGACAAAGCCCUUGGCUACCACACCCAGGAGCUGGAGGUAUACCAGGAGCUUGGUGAUGUGUCAGGGGAGUGCAAAGCCCAUGGCCAUUUGGCAGCUGUCUAUAUGGCCCUUGGAAAGUAUGCCAUGGCCUUCAAGAGCUACGAGGAGCAGUUGGAGCUAGGUCAGAGAUUAAAGGAUCCAGUGGUGGAGGCUCAAGUUUAUGGAAACAUGGGCAUCACAAAAAUGAAUGUUGGAGUGAUGGAGGAAGCGAUUGGCUACCUGGAGCAGCAGCUGGCUACAUUGCAGCAGCUGAGUGGAAAUGAAGCAGUAAUGGAUCGGGGCAGGGCGUACGGAAACUUGGGAGACUGUUAUGAGGCUCUGGGAGACUUUGAGGAAGCCAUCAAGUACUAUGACCAAUAUUUAUCAGUGGCACAAAGUCUAAACCGCAUGCAGGACCAAGAGAAGGCCUACAGAGGCUUGGGCAGUGGGCACAGGGCCAUGGGGAGCCUACAGCAGUCACUGGUGUGCUUCGAAAAGCGGCUCGUCGUGGCACAUGAGCUGGGAGAGUGUGGAGGCAAAGCUCAGGCCUACGGGGAGCUCGGUGCUCUCCACAGCCAAUUAGGCAAUUACGAGCAGGCCAUUUCCUGUCUGGAGCGUCAGCUGGCCAUCGCCCGUGACACCCAGGACAGGCUGCUGGAGGGAGAUGCCAGCUGCGGCUUGGGCGCUGUGUACCAAGCCAUGGGAGAGUACGAGACUGCACUGAGAUGCCACCAAAGCGACCUGGAGAUUGCAGAGGAAGCAGGCAGCGCCAUGCGCCAGGCCCGAGCUUACGGCAAUCUGGGCCUUACCUACGAGUCGCUCGGAAACUAUGAACGAGCGGUUGUGUUUCAAGAACAGCACCUGAGCGUGGCAGCUCAGACUAAUGACUUGGCUGCCAAGACGCUGGCCUAUGGCAGCUUGGGGAGAACACAUCACGCACUGCAGAACUACUCACAAGCUGUCAUGUACCUGCAGGAAGGCCUGCGGCUCGCAGAGCAGCUGGCUCGGCGUGAGGAUGAGGCAAAGAUCCGCCAUCGUCUGGGGCUCUCUCUGUGGGCCAGUGGGAACCUGGAGGAGGCCCAACAUCAGCUCUACCGGGCAUCUGCUCUGUUUGAAACCAUCCGCCAUGAAGCCCAGCACAGCACCGACUACAAACUCUCUCUGUUUGACCUGCAAACAUCCUGCUACCAGGCUCUCCAGAGGGUCCUUGUCAGCCUGGGUCACCAUGAUGAAGCCCUGGCAGUGGCCGAGCGGGGUCGCACGCGAGCCUUUGCCGAUCUGUUGGUGGAGAGGCAGACGGGCCAGCAGGACUCUGACCCCUACACGCCGGUAACAGUGGAGCACAUUUUGGACACUGUCAACAGCCAGAGGGCCUUGGUUCUGUAUUUCUCGAUGGCUGCAGGUUACUUGUACAGCUGGCUUCUGGCUCCAGGGGCGGGAAUCCUGAAGUUUCAUGAAGUUUACCUUGGAGAAGGUGUGUCCGAGGUAGGGUCAGAGUUCCAGGAAGGAGGUGGAAGUGGAGUGGUGAGCAGCUCGUCGCUGGAGCAGCACAUUUCCAGCGCUCGUGAGGCUCUGGGCGUAGAGUCUUACUACAGCAGAGGGUGCUCGAGCAGCGAGACGGAGAGCGAAGCAGGAGAUUUGCUGGACCAGCAGUUUGAGGAAAUCAACAACAAGCUCAACUCUGUCACCGAUCCAACCGGCUUCCUCCGCAUGGUGUCCAGAAACAACCUGUUUAACAGGAGUUGCCAGAGUAUGACCAGCCUGUUCAGCAACACCAUGUCUCCUGCCAAAGAUGGUAACUCCUCCCUGUCUCGUCGCUCUAGCAACCUUGGCAAACCUCCACUCCGGGCCCUUUAUGAUUUACUCAUUGCACCUAUGGAGGGGGGCCUGAUGCACUCCAGUGGGCCUGUGGGCAGACACCGACAGCUGGUGAUGGUGCUGGAGGGAGAGCUGUACCUCAUCCCCUUUGCCCUGCUAAAGGGAAGCUCCUCCAAUGAGUAUUUAUAUGAGCGCUUCAGCCUGAUAGCCGUGCCCUCCAUCCACGGGCUUGGAUUCAGUUCAAAGACUCACUCUCGGCGUCCUGGACCUGCACCCAGCGGGGGCGUCUCCAUGGCAGCAGUUGUAGGGAAUCCCAGACUGCCCUCACCUGUGAUGGAUCGCUGGCUUUGGGGACCCAUGCCCUCUGCAGAGGAGGAAGCUCUGAUGGUUGCCGAGCUACUGGGAUGCCAGCCCUUCACUGGCUCUUCUGCCGCCAAGGAGAGGGUAAUGAGUGCGCUCACACAAGCGGAGUGUGCACACUUUGCCACCCACAUUUCCUGGAAACUGGCAGCACUGGUGCUCACCCCAAACCCGGAGGGUGUCCCUGGAGGUGCUGGUGCGAGUGGAGUGGGAACGAUGGGCAGAUGUGCCAGCGGGAGGAGAGGCAGCAGUGGUCGAGGGAGGAAGGGCUCCACAGGAAGUGGCUACACCAUCCCAGAGUCUCUGCACAUGCAGGAUGACAGCAGUGAUGUGGAGAGCAUCUGUGACAGUCCGCCUCUUCAGGAGUUCCUGCUUACAGCUGCGGAUAUAUUGGACCUGAGGCUACCUGUCAAGCUGGUGGUGCUGGGGUCGUACCAAGAGUCCAGCAGCAAGGUCACAGCCGAUGGUGUUGUGGGACUGACCCGGGCCUUCCUGGCUGCUGGUGCUCAGUGUGUUCUUGUCUCCUUGUGGCCUGUACCAGUUGCAGCGUCCAAGGUUUUUGUACAUGCUUUCUACUCUGCCUUGCUCAAUGGGACCAAGGCUAGUGCAGCACUUGCAGAUGCUAUGAAAACUGUCCAGAGCAGCAAGCAGUACUCCCACCCGUCCAACUGGGCAGGAUACAUGCUGAUUGGUAAUGACGUGAAGCUGAACAGCCCAUCUUCUCUGAUUGGCCAAGCCUUGGCCGAGAUUCUGCAGUACCCAGAUCGAGCUCGUGAUGCUCUGAGAGUUUUACUCCACCUGGUGGAGAAAUCUCUUCAGAGGAUACAGAAUGGUCAACGAAACUCCAUGUAUACAUCCCAGCAGAGUGUGGAGAACAAGGUGGGGGGAGUCUCCGGAUGGCAGGCCUUACUGACAGCCGUGGGCUUCCGCCUCGACUCUGCAGGCCCUGGGAUUCCUGCAGCUGUCUUCUUUCCUACAGCUGACCCAGGAGACAGGCUCCAGCAGUGUAGCACCACAUUGCAAUCACUACUGGGUCUGCCACCACCAGCUCUCCAGGCUUUGUGCAAACUCAUCACAGCUUCAGAGGCAGGAGAGCAGCUAAUCAACCGGGCUGUUAAAAAUAUGGUGGCCAUGCUCCACCAGGUGCUAGUCCAACUCCAGACAGGAGAAAAGGAACAGGAUUUCUCCCUCCUGCCCAUUCAGGUCUCUAUAAGCGUCCAGUUAUGGAGACUGCCGGGGUGCCACGAGUUUCUAGCUGCUCUCGGAUUUGAUCUAUGUGAGGUAGGCCAGGAGGAAGUGGUACUAAAGACUGGCAAGCUGGCCAACCGCCGCACCUUGCACUUUGCUCUCCAGUCUUUGCUGUCGCUCUUUGACUCCACAGAACUGCCAAAGCGUUUGAGUCUAGACAGCUCAUCUUCCCUCGAGUCUCUGGCUUCAGCACAGUCUGUGUCUAACCCGUUGCCCUUGGGAUACUCAAGCCUUCCCUUUUCUCCUCCUUGCCUGGACAAUCAAGCAUCAGAUGCCAUCUCUGUCUAUAGUCUCAGCUCUGUAACUUCCUCCAUGAGUUUUGCCUCCAAGUCUGAUUGUGAUUUUCUUGGUCACCGACAACGCUGCGGAGCCACGGCACAUUACUCCGUUCACAAACACUCUCAUGUUCCACGUAGUCGCUCGUCUCCUCAUGGAGCAGCUGCUACAGGGCCAGGAGCGCGGGGCGAUGAAGAGGAAUACGAAGGCUUUUCCAUUAUAAGCAGCGAACCACUGGGUAGUCACUGUGAUUCUCUACCGUUGCCACCUGGCCAUAGCCAGCGACACCAUCGUGGAGGCAGAGGGGUAACUGGAUCCACGGGAGCAGGGAGAGGCUACACCGUCUCUGUAUCCUCAAGAGGUAGCGUGUCCACCCCAACAUCCCCUAUCAAAACAUCUCUGGUGCCUAGCCCGAAUUCACCAUUCCAGAAGGUGGGUAAGGUUAGCAGCUCAGACACAGGUGAAUCUGACCAGUCCAGUACUGAGACAGACAGUACUGUCAAGUCUCAGGAAGAAAAAACUGUCCAACUUGAUCCACAAGAGCUAGCCCAGAAGAUUCUUGAGGAGACUCACAGUCAUUUACGAGCUGUGAGCAGUCUUCAGCGGGCCGGAGCAGAGGGCGGGACGGGUGCCGUAACGUCAUCCCGAAGCAGUGCGUUCCGCUCGUCUGAAACAAGCGCAUUCAGCCGUCCUAACAGCAGCGCUAGUGGUCGAGCUCAGUCUUCACCAAGGCCCAAACCUCCUUCCCGGUCUUCUUCUCUGCAAAAGAUAAGCUCCGGAUACAAUAGUCCCGCGGUUUCCGAGUCUUCCCAAAAGGAGGGCAGCCAUGCCUCACCUACACUGGACAGUCAUGCACAGUUUAAACUGAAGUAUCCAAGCUCUCCUUACAGUGGCCACAUUUCUCGUUCCCCAAGUAAUGUAUCUCCCAGUUCAGGUCACCAGUCUCCAGCUGGUAGUGCUCCAUCCCCUGCUCUGUCAUACUCCUCUACAGGCUCUACCUGUUCCACAUCCACUGAUGUGGCAGAUUUGGAUCGGCUCAGAAGAGGCGUCAUUGAUGAAAAGGUCCAAGCUAUUCACAAUCUGAAGACCUUUUGGGCUAAUGCUGCAGCUCAACAACAGUAUCAUCUAGGUCCUGUGAAAGCCAUUCACAGCACUUCUGGACCUAUUGCUUCUGCCAGUAGAGAUGUACUGAGCCUUCUAAACCUUUCUCCAAGGCACUGCUCCCCUAAUGAUGGCCAAGACAAACUGGAGCUGCGAGAGCUGGGGCUUGAUAGCAGUAGCAAGAACUCUUCCAAUGGACACCACUGUUCCAACCCCAGAAAAGCUGCCCCGUCACCAACUAUUUCCACACGCAGUAGCCCUGGCGCUCGUUCUAUCAGACUACCUGCUGGCAACGGCCUCAAAUUCCUGUCACCUGGAAGAUUUUUUCCCUCUUCUAAAUGCUGAAAUGUUCAAAAUAAAGGUCAGUUUCUUUGUCUAUAGCGUAUUAUCCUGUGUGUUGGAGGAGUUGGACUCAUUUACAAGACUGCUUUUGGUCUAAGCUUGACUGACUGAUAACUUUGGUUAGUGAGUGUGUUCCUACGGAGGCACAUGAAUGCUUUAGAGACUGUCUUGUUUUUGUGCCCAUAACACUGUAAAUGGCAAUGGGAAAUACUCAACGACCUGAUACUGUGUUUGUGUGUAACUGUGUCAGGUGGAUCUAAAUGCAAUUUCUUAUAUUUUUUUCUUCCCAUAAAAUCUUUGUGUGGGCCAAGAUGCAACAACUAUUGAUUCCUUCAUUCUUUUUUGUUUGUUUGUUUGUUUUUAAAUUUAAAUGUUAUUGUUAUUGUUUGUUAUUGUUGUUAAUAUAAAAAAUUAUUAUUAUUAUUAUGUUUUGUAAAUUAACUUUGUGUUUCUCAAUCAGUAUUAAGCAUUUUUAUAUAAUUAAAAAGUGAACAAAUCUGUACCAUGUUAAGAUGGAUAGAGUGGAUAAAAGAUUUAAUAUUUUUUAUGGAAAUCAAAAAAAUGGCAUUUUGCCUGAUUUCUUUGUGAUCCGAGUGUCUGCUCUGAAGCAUGGAUUCUCUUGCUAUUCAGUGUUAAGUAUCAUGUAUGACUUUUUAACCCAUGACUUUUUGAGAUUGAAUAUGGCAGUUUCACAACAACCAUCUCUCAUGUAAACUGUUUCAAUAAAACAUGUUUACUUUCUUGUA